AAUCCAUCGCUGGCUGUCGGCUUCGUCCUCCGACUGUUUAACCGCUCGUUAAUAUCGCGAGACGUUGAUUUUCAGACGCUGCUUUAGAAGCUAAGUUAGCGUGCUAACGGCUAGCCAGCUGUUAGCUGUGUAGCAGUUGCAGUGAUCGAGCUGAUGGAGCAGAAGUUGUUUUAACGAUAUUUCGCCUCAUUUAACGCGCAGAAAAACACCAACACGUCCGGUUUGAUGGUGUCGCUGAUUUAUUAACGUGUGUUUCGAGGCGUCGCAGCUGGUUUAAGAACUUUAUUCUUGUGUUGUCUCAAAGUUUGAUGCACCUGUUGCGAGUUGAACCUGCUGCUGGGACAGAUUUACUGUUUAAGAUAUCAGAUUAUUAUCAACAUCGAGGCGAGCAGAUAUAUUUAUUGAUUAGUUUCCACUCAAGGUUUCACCCCCUCCCCUCUCGAGCUGUUUGAGUUUCACUUCCUGGUUUCUCAGAUUGAAUCAGAGCAACAGAGGGAGCGUGAGGGACGACGAUGUUUGAAAAUGUCCCAACAGUGUCCGCAGUGGAGCGCCAGCAGGUACUGGGAGCUCUGGAGCGUCUGCAGGCCAAACUGGUGCAGAGGGAGGAGUGGACACACAGUGAAACCAUGGGCAACCUCAGGGAGACCCUGCAGAGUCCGCUCUUCAGCCACAUCCUGACCCUGCAGCACUCCAUCAAACAGCUGCGAAACCAGCUGAGCAGUAUGCCUCCUGAUGCCUGCAGUGAGUUCAGUUUCUCCAGAAAGGGUCAGCUGAUCAUGAGCGCCGUUAAUCCAGCCAGCAGCUCGGCUCCGCCCACCCUGUCCGCCUCCUCCUCCCUCCUUACCAAUGGCUCGUCUCAUCCCGUCCAUCAGACUCCACCCUCGCCUGACCUCCUCCUGCAGAAGUGGAUCCUCGCCGCUGCCAAGGGCCGUCAGACGGAGCUGUGCCAGCUGACUCGGCCUCUGUCUGGAGGUCUGGGCUUCAGUGUGGUCGGUCUGAAUCCAGCAGGAAGCAGCAGUCAGGGCGUCUUCGUCAAACACAUCCAGCCUGGAGGCAUCGCACACAGGGACGGGCGUCUCCAGGAGAGGGACCAGAUCCUGGUGAUAAACGGCUGCCCUCUGGAGCCGGGGAUCAGCCAGCAGCAGGCCCUGACCCUCCUGCAGCAGCCUGGAGAGACGGUGGAGCUGGUGGUGGCCAGGGACCGCCCACUCAGUGCAUCACCAUCAUCAUCAUCACAACCUGCCACCAGCGCCUUCAGCACGGAUCAGUGGGGUCACGUGGAGGAGAUCGAGCUGGUGAACGACGGAUCUGGUUUGGGCUUCGGCAUCGUGGGAGGGAGGACAUCCGGCGUGGUGGUCAGGACGCUCCUCCCAAACAGCGUGGCUGACAAGGACGGGCGUCUUCGCACAGGCGACCACAUCCUUCGCAUCGGGGCGACGCCCACCAGUGGCCUCACCAGCGACCAGGUUGUCAAGGUGCUGCAGGGAUGUGGGAGUCAGGUGACCUUGCUGAUCGCCAGGGAUCCCCGGGGUCAGAGAUCAACAGCCCCGCCUCCCCCACCACCUCCUGACUCGGCCCCCAUCUCCUCCUUACCCCCCCGCCCCCCUCAGCGCCGGCUCAGCAAGACGCCCAACCUUGAGGGAUACGAGAUCCAUGAGGUUCCUCUAACCAAGAAGGACGGCCAGAGCCUUGGCAUCUCCAUCAUCGGCUACAACCCACUGACCAGCCAAGAUGCAGUAGGUGUGUUUGUGAAACAUGUGGUUCCAGGCAGCGCUGCAGAUCAAAGCGGAAACAUCCGAAUACACGACAGACUGAUCGCUUUGGACGGCAUCAGUCUCCACGGUCUGACCAAUCACGAAGUUCUGGAGGUGAUGAAGCAGACAGAUCAGACUGUCGUCCUCACUGUGGUCAGGAAGAAACCGAGAGCCCUUGAGAGAUCCUUGGAUAAAGUGGAGAGGGAGUCGUCUCGUGUGUCACUAAGGAGGUCGUUGGAGGUCAAAGCUCGCUCGUCUGGGCUUGGCUUUAUGGCGCCAAAGCUCGAACCAACGUAUUCAAACACAGUACAGCUAACAAGGGCUACAGAUGCAGAAUUGUGGGCUAAAUGGGAGCAGGCUCUGGGACCAAAGUACCAAGUUCUGGUGGUGAAGUUAGAUCCUGUCAUUGAAGACGAUGCAGAGCUGCAGAAAUCCUCCAAGCUGCUGCCUGUCCACACUCUGCGCCUUGGUGUGGAGCUGGACUCAUUUGAUGGACACCACUACAUCUCCUCUGUGGUCCCUGGAGGCCCCGUGGACAAACAUGGAGUCUUGAGACCAGAGGAUGAGCUCCUGGAGGUGAAUGAUGUUCAGUUGUAUGGUAAGUCUCGUCGGGAGGUCGUGUCGUUCCUCAAAGAGGUGCCCCCUCCAUUCACUCUGGUCUGCUGCCGACACCCAACCUCUGACAUGGAACCAGAAUCUGAAUCUGAAUCUGAACCAGCACCUGAACCAGCACUACGAUCUGAACCAGCACUACGAUCUGAACCAGUACUCCGACCAGGACCUGGACCACUAAGACAAUCACAGCCCAGUGUGGAGGAGAUUGAGCUGAAGCUGUCGUCAAUGCUGUGCAGUCAGACAAAACUGAGAGAGAGCGUUACUGAACAGCAGCAGGCAGUCAGACAGGAGCAGCAGGUAUCUCCUGUAGAGGAAGUGCUGACGGAGCAGACAACUUCACACAGCCAGGUGGAGGAGGAGGAGGAGGAAGAGGAGGAGGAGGAGGAGGAGGAGCAGGAUGAAGAUGAAGGGGAGCUGGCUCAGUGGUCUCCAGACGUUCAGGUGUUGGAGCUUCAGAAGGAGAGAGACAAAGGCCUCGGAUUCAGCAUCCUCGAUUACCAGGACCCUCUGGAUCCCGGUCGCUGCGUGAUGGUGAUCCGUUCUCUGGUUCCUGGCGGUUCAGCAGAGCGUCACGGCGGUUUGCUUCCCGGAGACCAGCUGGUGUCAGUCAACCAGACCCAGUUGGACCUGCUCACGCUGGGCCAGGCUGUGGAGGUCCUGAAGUCUGCCCCACCCGGCACAGUCCGCCUGGGCAUCCGCAAGCCUCUGGUGGUGGUGGAGGGAGUCGAGAGGAGCAGCCAGGUGUGUCUCAACAACACAGAGCUACCUGUAGCAAAGGGUUUCUAUGACAGCUCCGUCCUGCCUGAACACUUCCGUCAAGAAGAGGAGGAAGAGGAGGAGCCAGAGCUGAUCCUGGACGGAGGUCUACCUCGAUAUACCUCCUCCUCUCUGACCUCUGACCUCCUGCCUGUGGAGGAGGGCAGGGAGAUGGCCGUGGACGAGGAGCUGGAGCUGGAGGUGGAGAUGGAGGAAGAGAAGGCAGAGGAGGAGAAGGAGGAGGUGAAGAUGCCAGAGAAAGUGGAGGAGGGUGUGGGCUCCCUUCCGAGGAGACCUCCCCCGUCGUGGGAGGAGUGGAAGCUCAGCUCCAUGGGCCGGACCAGAGGAGCAGAGGAGACUCGGAGCAGAGAGAAGCAGGAGGAGCUCAGAGGGAGAGAAGAGAAGGAGGAGGAGGACGACGACCUGCAGAGAUCAGACCGUGAAAGCAUCGUGUCUUUAGGAAACCUGAUUCUGGGUAUUCCAGACUCCAGAGACAGUGAAGCUGACUCCGAGCUCACUCUGACAGACACCGACACAGAGUCUGUCAGGAUGAUUGACACAGCGAGACGUAAGAGGCGGAGCCAGGGAGGAGCAUCUCUACCAAUCAGAGGAGGCCACAGUGAUCUUCCUGAAAGAGAGGACGGGGAGGGAGAGGAAACUCCUGUCUUCAGUCACUGGGGACCCCCCCGCAGGGUAGAGGUGUGGCCUGAGGAGGGCCAGUCAUUGGGUCUGAGCAUCGUGGGAGGUCAUCACGUCAUCAAGCGUCUGAGGAACGGAGAGGAACUGAAGGGAAUCUUCAUCAAACAGGUUCUACAGAACAGUCCUGCCGCCAAAACACAGUGUCUGAAGACUGGAGACAAGAUCCUGGAGGUGUCAGGUGUUGACCUACGAGCAGCCAGUCACGAAGAGGCCGUCAAUGCCAUCAAAUCAGCUCCGAGCCCCGUCGUCUUCAUCGUCCAGAGCCUGUCAGCUACUCCACGGCCUGUGUCUCUAACAGCUCCCAGCUACAAUAAACACAACGCAGCGAGGACUGAGUCUCCGAAACCAGGUGCAGCCCCGCCCCCUAUGAGACAGCCCCCGCCCUACAGACCUCCCAUCCAAUCAGAGCAGGAGCUGAACUCGGACCUGGAGCAGGCCAAAGAGCGGUGGUGUGAGCGUUAUGGAGACCUGCGGGGGGAGCUGCUGUGCGUGGAGCUGGAGAAGGAGCGGCAGGGUUUGGGUCUCAGCCUGGCAGGAAACAGGGAUCGUUCCCGCCUCAGCAUCUUUGUGGUGGGACUCCACCCAGGCGGGGCGGCUGCUCGAGACGGACGCAUCCAGGUUGGAGACGAGCUGUUGGAGAUUAAUAACCAGAUCCUUUAUGGGCGGAGUCACCAGAACGCCUCGGCCAUCAUUAAGAGCGCCGCCUCCAAGGUGAAACUCAUCCUGCUCAGAAAUGAGGAUGCUAUAAACCAGAUGGCCGUCCCCCCCUUCUCGUCUCCCCCUCCUCCCCCUGUCCUCAGCCCCGUCAGCCCCGAGUCUGUCUGUCCAGCAUCUCUCAGUGUCUCUGCCCACACAGAUGGACCCCGCCCCCUCAACAACCUGACGCUUCACCCAUCAUCGGAUGCACCGGACGAGACGAGCGAUGAAGCCGAGCAGAACAACAGGAACAGAAGCAGCAACAUUAACAGCGCCACCAAGAGUCUGAGGGAGAGCGACGCCUCCAAGAAGAGGCUGAAGGUUGCAGAGUCUCCAGAAAAUGAGCUUCAGGCUCCGAAGGCGUCUCUGGAGCAGCAGUCCUGCAGGUCCUCCAGCAGCUCCAGUAAACAGACGGCAGCAUCUCCUCCUCUGAUCAGCCCCGACCUACAGACCGCCAACAGAGACCCAUCAUGCUGUGCAGUGGUUCCUGGUCAGGAGAUGCUGCUGGAGAUCUGUAAAGGUCGAUCGGGACUCGGACUCAGUAUAGUGGGAGGAAGAGACACACAGCUGGACGCCAUUGUGAUCCAUGAGGUUUAUGAAGAAGGAGCUGCAGCCAGAGACGGACGCCUGUGGGCCGGAGACCAGAUACUCGAGGUGAACGGGGUGGACCUCCGCGGGGCGUCACACGAGGAAGCCAUCGCUGCCCUGCGUCAGACGCCGGCGAAGGUUCGUCUGAUGGUGCUGAGGGACGAGGCUCAGUACAGAGACGAAGAGAACCUGGACGUCUUUAAGGUGGAACUGCAGAAGAGGAGCGGCAGAGGGCUGGGACUCAGCAUCGUCGGGAAGAGGAGUGGCAGUGGUGUGUUUAUCUCUGAUGUGGUCAGAGGGGGCGCCGCUGAGCUGGACGGUCGUCUGAUGCAGGGAGAUCAGAUCCUGUCGGUCAACGGAGAAGACACGAGACACGCCUCCCAGGAAACCGUUGCCGCCAUACUGAAGUGUGCUCGGGGUCCGGUCCUGUUGGAACUCGGACGACUCAAACCUGCAUCCUGGAUCUCAUCCAGACGCAACUCACAAGGAAGCCAGAUGAGUCAUGUGAGCGGGAACAGCUCAGGUGUUGUGGCUCCGCCCCUCAAACACACCUCAACAUCAUGUGACGUCGUGACCUCAGACCUCCCGACCUCCACCAGCCCCGCGCCCCUCAACAACAACAACACCAAGUCCAGCAGUGACAUCACUUCCUCCUCUAACAGCACAGGCGUCGAUGCUGGCAUCCGUACGGUGGAGAUCAUGAGGGGUGUCAGUGACUCCCUUGGGGUGAGUAUAGCCGGAGGGAAGGGCAGCCCGCUGGGUGACAUCCCCAUCUUCAUCGCCAUGAUUCAGGCCAAUGGAGUCGCUGCCAAGACGCACCGUCUCAAGGUGGGCGACAGGAUCGUCAGUAUUAACAGUCAGUCUGUGGACAGUCUGUCACACAGCGAGGUCGUCACCAUGCUGAAGAACAGCUAUGGAAACAUCAGCCUGCAGGUGGUAGCGGACACCAACAUCAGUGCCAUCGCCACUCAGGUGGAGAGUUUGUCCAGCAGCUCCAGUCUGUCAGCCAACACUGACACACACACAGUGGAGCCAGAGGGCCCGCAGCCCCGCAGCAUCAGUCUGGAGAAAGGCUCCGAGGGACUUGGCUUCAGCAUCGUGGGAGGAUUCGGCAGUCCACAUGGAGACCUGCCCAUCUACGUCAAGACCGUCUUCAGCAAGGGUGCGGCGGCGGUGGACGGGCGUCUAAAGCGAGGCGACCAGAUCCUGUCAGUGAACGGAGAGAGUCUGCAGGGAGCGACGCACGAGCAGGCGGUUGCCAUCCUGAAGAAACAGAGAGGAACCGUCACACUGGACGUCCUGUCAUAACACACACAUACCUGCAUGCACACACACACACACACACACACAUGAACUGAGAUUCCUGUGAUUUCACACACUUUGACUCUUGGACUACAAAUCAUCGUGAACUUCCCAACAUGCAAAAAAAAAAAGAAAAAGAAACAGCAUCAGACGGUGCGCGCACACACACACACACACACACACACACACACUUCCUGUGGGGUGAAACCAGUACACACUGAUGCCAGUGAAACUCUUCGCAGCAUGGCCACUUUAAUAUCUGAAGCAGAGUUUCUCAACCCGGGGGGCGGGGCCUCAGGUGAGCUCACCUGAUACGUAGCUGUGGUCGUGAUAAAAUCUGAGGAUGAUGAUUAAGGAUAAAGAUCUUGACUGCUCAGCUGAUUGUGGUAUCUCAACAACUACUGGACGUGCUGCAGGAAUGAGUUAGAAUUUUAGCACUUCCUGUUCCCUCGUCACAACAUCAGUGGGUUUUUUGAGAUUGUGUUUUUGGCUGGAUGUCUGAAAUAAGGUCUGUGGUUAACACGAGCUGAAGAGACGUUUAAUUCUAUGACAUAAAAUACAUCAGUAACACCCCACUCAGUAAUUUAGAAGCUUUUAUGUGUCUCAAAAAAGGCGAUAGCUAACAAGUGGCUAAACAAGUCUAUAAAACGUCAUCAUGUCGAGCGCAGCUUUACAGCCUCGUUGUGGAGGCAGCGUUUUAGUCAUGUGACCCUGGUGUAGCUUGCUUGAACCCAAAUGUUUGAUUUUUAUUUCAGGUUAUGGUGUUUGUUAGUGGAGAUCAUCACACUGAACAAAACCUGUAUCAUAAACGUUUGUCACAGAGCUUUUUUUCUGCAGAUAUCCAAAAUCUAAUGGAAAAAUCCCGUUGACAUUUUGACGAGGGAACCAGGGUGACGCUAACUUCCACAUCAGCCAAUAAAAAACACAUCAUCCCUGCUGCAGCAGCUCAUAUUUUUGCUCCCCAGAUGAUGGUUUUUAAAUAUUUUGAAAAACCCUUCCCCGUACAAAAGACACAAAUCCAAUGUGCAUAUUAUGGUAAAAUUUCCUCCGGACAUUCGUCUUCUUUGUCUCUUUUUGUGUCGUCACAGUUGUGAAGUAUUUUCAGAAUAUUCUAUUUUUAGUGAAGAAUUGCAGCACAAUGGGAGGAACCUCCCUGUCUGUCUCUACUCUCUCCCCGUGUCUUAUAUUUGGCUUCACGGCUGACGGGGCUGAGCUGUCCUCCCCUCUGUCUGUGAGCAGUCCACAUCCCCUUCAUCAUCAUCAUCAUCAUCACCAGCCACCUGAGUAUUACUAUCUGACCUGUCUCAGUUAUGUAAUGAUACUGUGCGCCCUGUUUCUGUCUUGGAUGGAUGAAUGUGUUCCGCAGGUAACGCAGCGUUUCCUUCUCUGCUUCUUGGCUUAGGUUUACUCUCUAAAGGCUUUGACAGAUGUGAAAUUAGAAUUAACGCGCUCUAUUUGUAUGCCUUUGCGCACCAGUAAAGUUUGACCUCUGAUCUCCGAAAUCCAAUCAGUUCAUUGUUUUGUCCAAGUGAACAUUUGUGCCAAAUUUGAAGAAGUUCCCACA